AUGAGCAGCAUUGAUACAGAAGAGUACAUUAAUGUAUUUAAUAGCCUGGAUAGAAAUAGAGAUGGUGCAGUAUCUUGUGCAGAACUGAAACAAGGAUUGGUAUCUUGCGGUUUCGGUGACGAAAAUCUAAAGUCCCUGAUGGAAUUCCUGGACUCAAACCAUGAUGGAAAAAUCUCCUUGGAUGAAUUUUUGGAAUUUUUUGAAUGA